AUGUCCACAAACUCUUCCCCAACCUUCAAGGUCGAAUUGCCGACGCUGCAGUCUGAUGACUAUGUUGCCUACCAUGGCACUGACACUUUGGCUAUCAUGACCGUGCGCGAUCAUGGAGUCGCUCUCACAAAGGCUCUCAACUGCACCGAGAGGACGCUUCUGAUCUAUUCGGAGGUCGUGUUCCUCAGCAGCGAACUGAUCAAAAUUCCAGGCCUUAAUUUGGGCAUCUUCUGUAACCAGUUGGUUCUGAGCCUCGGACGCGCAUGUAUUGAUGUGUCCGGUGCCAAUGGGAGUAGUGGCACCAGUGAUCAUAUCGACGGUGUCGAUGGCGGGGAUGCGGGGUCCAUAACGCUUUACGUUGAAGACCCUUCUCCUGACUUGGUGACCAAUCUCACCUUGAAGGCAUAUGGUGGCGAUGGUGGUCGGGGUUUUAGCCAGGCUGUUGGAACAGGUGCGGGUGGAAAGGGUGGAGACGGGGGCCUUUGCGGGACCGUAAAAUGCUACACGGGCAGCGGAGCUCAACAGUAUGCCCAAUCGUUGUACAAGAAGACCUCUAAGUCCACUUGGACGGAGUGGGUUCAAGCCAUCAGUGAGACCAUGGAAACUGAUGCGGAGGCCCUACUGUCCUACGGCAUCGACAAAACCAUAGUCGAAGCCUGGCAGUUGGCCAUCAAGAAAAGUGUGGACUGGGCGACUGCUUUGAAAAAGGUUCACACUUCGUUGACCUAUUUGAUCGACGAAAACUCGAUGGAUCUGGAUCACGUCUCCCCUGGUGCUCUGACCGUCAAAAGUGCAGAGACCUUGAUUAAGUCUGUGAAAAAACUUCUUGAAGGCAGUGGAGUCCCGUUUGCGCAGGACGGCUUGGAAGUAGAAGCUUUUCUAAGCCUCGCUGACCACUGUGACUCGUUUACCGGCAGCGUGCAGAAGGAAAAGCAAAUUCAGGAGUUGAUUGGAAGUGCAACAAGCCUGACUGAAAAGUUCGUCAGGAAUGAGGGGGGCGGAGGCGAAGAGCCUUGGGAGGACGAACCAUUCUCGUCACCGAAUUUCCUCUUGAAGAAGAUCCUCCUGGACCUGCGAGUGGCAACCGUUCGGUUCGAGAAUGCUCUGGCCCACAAGGUAUGCCAAUUGGGUGGAGGUAAGGGAGGGUCUGGAGGCACUGGAGCGACGUCGGAUAUUCCCUCCGGAAAGCGAGGCGAAGACAAGCCUGACAAACCGGCGGUAGCCCGCGUUAUUUCUCUAGAGGGAAAUGCGAAGGACUGUGAUAUCGAUGAGGCUUGUGCCAUCCCGGAGCAAUGCCAAAUGCUCCUUGACAAAGCCGACGGUAUGUACUUCACGAAUAGCGCGCUGCAGUAUCCUUUGGCAAUGCGUCUCUACUAUCGCCUAACCCGGAGACUUGCCUUUUUGGACGCAUUGGCCAAGGACAAGGAGGCGUCUACCCGACCCCUUGCCAAAGCCUACGGCACAAUCGAGACUACGUAUGCUUUGACUACCGAUGCCCUCGGACAGCUGGACCGUAUUUACGAAACGGCAAAGCUACGACUCAACAAAAUGAAACUCGGUCAAGACAUGUUCUGUCACAGUCCGACCUGGGUCUCGAGGCUCUCUUUGACAUUCUAUGAGCAGCGCGUCAAGAACAUGCUGGAAAAUUUGAGCUUGAUCGAGAAGGUCUACGGGCAGUACGCCGAAGCGGAGCAGAGAGAGCAGGUCCUCAAGGACCAGGUAAGCAACGCGCGGCAGACGAACGACAUAAACAUAAGCGCCGCUCGGAAUCAAAUAGACGUCCUCACAAAGCCCGGCGGAGAGCUCGACACGGCAGGUAUCACCAUCGCGCAGUACUCUCCCAAGCUAGCGGCGGAGAGGAAGAAGCUUGGCGCUAGCCUCGAGAAGCUGCAAAAAUGCAUCGAAGGAUAUUUCCAUGUCUCAACAGAGAAUCUCCUCGAAGCCUUCUGCAUGAUAUCUUUCGCGCCUCAUGCUCCCAUGAUCGCGGUGCAAGGCGCCGAAGUUUUGUACAAAUCCUGGACAAAAGUCGAGAAUUUGGAGGGGAUGCCCGUACAGAAGGAGUACAUCGUCGAUAAGCUAGAAGCUUGUAGAGGCACAAUUAGCAGCCUCACGGAGUCUUACAAGUUCGCCAAGAACGGCGAACUGACGGUCGACGACCCGGGCUACGGAAAAGUCCUGGCGAUGGCUGACACGCUGCAGCAGCUUCUGAACGACUUCAAAAAGGCUAUACCAAAGGAGCUGCAGCAAGCCGUGCAGGCAGACGUGAAGAAGUUCAUCGAGCUCGUGGCGAAGCGCAAUGACGCUGUCAUCGUGUACAAUGCGCAAGUGCAAUACCUUCUCGAACUGAAACGCAUGGUAAAGGCACUCGAGCAAGAGUCGAAGAGCCUGGGUGAACAGGCGCUCACUCUCAACGCAUCAUUGCCUGCGAUAUACUUUUGGCUCAAGCGCCUCCGCAACUCCACGCAGCUCGAUAUUUUGCAGCGUCUCAAUUAUGAGGGUCGUGCGCUCGCUUUCUGGGGACCACUGGAUAUUAAAACUGUCAAAUUUGAUCCUCCGGGUCCACUCGACGGUUCUGUCCAGCUGCAGAAUCACCAGGAGAAGCUCGAGAAGAUGUUCGAAGAUUGCUACGGUGCUCUGCAGGGCGGUGCGUGGAAUCACUGGCCAGGUUCACGCAAUCUUGUGGAGGCAGGGACGGCGGUUGACGUUAGCAACGACGUCCUGGAUCAGCUGAGGGAUCCAGUGCCGUCUACCGAGGACGACGGAGGAGAGGAAAGCGAGGUUUACGAAGCCGUGUUCAGCAUCACGCCGCGCUCCAACCGCUCCUUUCUCGACAUGGCCAACGUUCGCCUCACACAAGUGCGUGUGUGGCUCCUCGGAGCGACUGUUUCAGGCGGUGAUGAUGGCCACAGCCCACAAUGGGUCAAGGUGGAAGUCGAACACAUAGGCGGCGAGACUGUCUGGGACCAAGAUGGGACACCAUUCAAGUUUGCUCAUGCGCCGGUGCACUUGCAGUUCACGUAUAACACCGCGAUCUUCAACGCGGAACGCAAAUUCUCUGGGGAGUCGAAGCUCGUGUAUGGGCGGCAGGCAAUCGAGAAUGAUUUUUCUGGUAGAGGAGGUGGGAAGCCGAAGGCAGAGGAUAGACCUCCUUUGGGACCGUUCACGGAUUGGCGGAUCGAGGUCCGGCGAGAUGUGAAUCCUGGGUUGGAUUUGACGGGAGUGACGAAGGUGUGGAUUGAGUUUUGUGGGAGGAAUCUUCCGGCGACGAAAUUGAAGGACGCGUGA